UUGGUUUACGGUGUUGGUGUUGGGGCGAGGCUUGGUAUUUUUGUUUUUAAAUCUGAACAGAUUUUAUAAAUUAAUUCUAUUCACAAUAUGUUGAACAAAUAUCUCAACUCUUUGUACUUUACAGUUUAAAUAUAAUUUAGAAAACUAUUUGUUAUUCAAAAUGAAGUAUUUAAUAUUGUUCGCCUUUACCAGUUUAGUGAGGACUCAAACAUUGGAACAAAAUACAUAUACCACUAAUUAUCAGCAGCAACAGAAGCCGGAAGUUCUUAAUCAGAACGGAACAUCUUAUAGACCAAAUGUUCAGGUGCCCUAUGGCAGUUUUCCAAUCAAUGCAAACGAUUAUGGUCAGUCACAGAGCUCGUUCUAUCAAUCGUCGGACGGAUAUAACCACGACUUUUACGGCGAUGACAUCAACGAGGUUGAUCCUCAGGAUAGUGCCGGUUAUUACGCCGGCCUGGAUUAUGAAGAGAGGUACAGAUGUCCACCACAUUGGUUCCGUUAUAGAGAGUCGUGCUACCGAUUUACCAAAUCACCAAGUCGCCCUCGAAAUGAAGCACGAAAGAUAUGCCAAGCUUACGAAGCUGACUUGGCUGCUGUGAAUAGCCCAGAAGAACAUGGUUUCAUACUUACUGUGUUGACAAGGAUAGAUCCUCAACGUGGAGACUGGUAUAUAGCGGGGCACCAGCAAUCUCCAGGGUACUGGGCUAAUGAUGGCGAUGGGUCACAGUUGACUGGUUUAGAGAAUGCUUUCUUUGAAGAUCGUGAAUCUCUUUAUACAAGCUACAAUUUGAUUCCUCGGGAUUAUUUAGUAUAUCAUUUUUCUGAAGAAGCACACCGUUGGGGCUUAUUAGCUGUGGAUGGCAUUCAAUAUACUCAUUUUAUAUGUGAAGGACAAACUGAAAGGUUGCGGUAUCUGCUUGAAGAGGAGAGGUCGUUUACUUAUGGUUUGGAAACAUUUGAUCCAGAGAGGAUACCAAGGGGUCCAUAUUUUAUAACAGAACCAGUGGACACUAUAUGUGACCCUAUGAGAAAUCAUCAUGUUCAAUUAGUCUGCAUUGCUGGUGGAUAUCCAGCACCUGAAUACAAAUGGUACAGAGAAGAUUAUCAAGUAGACAGCCCUGUCUAUACAGAAAUAGAUCCUUUGAAUGAUACUAGAUUUAUACUUAGUGGAGGUACUUUGAUGAUAUAUAAUUUAAAUGCAGACACAGAUAAUUCUAAAUAUCACUGCACUGCUACAAAUAAGUAUGGUACAAUACGUUCAGAGUCUGUUCGUUUAUCCUUUGGUUUUAUUAGAGAAUUUAACCAAAAAAGACCAGUUGAAAAUGGAAAUCAAUACUGGGGUAAAGUAAUGUUUUGCGAUCCUCCUUCCUAUUAUCCUUCAGUAAACUUUUUGUGGGCUCGUGAUUACUUCCCUAAUCUUGUUGAGGAAGAUAAAAGAGUCUUUGUGUCUUAUGAUGGUGGCCUUUAUUUCUCUGCCUUAGAAACAAUCGAUAGAGGCAAUUACAGUUGUAAUGUAAUGAGCAAGGUUUCUGAUAAUGGUCGAAAUGGUCCAUUUUUUAAUCUUUUUGUUUAUCCACAUUCGGACUACCAGCAUCUGAAAUUUCCAAAUAACUUCCCUAAAGUUUUCCCAGAAGCACCCACCGUCGGUCAAGAAGUUCGGUUGGAGUGUGUGUCUUUUGGGUACCCUGUGCCAUCUUAUAACUGGACAAGAAAGAAUGGUCCAAUGCCAAGGAAAGCAAGUUUCAGCAAUUUUGACCGUGUUAUAACAAUUCCUAAUGUUGGUGUAGAGGAUGAAGGUGAAUAUAUUUGUGAUGUGAAAAAUGACAGGGCUCGCAUACAAAAUUCUGUCAUUUUAAAAGUUCAAGCUGAACCUAAUUUUACUAUCCCUCUGUCUGAUAAACAUGUUGACAAUAUGGGUGAAUUGCAUUGGAAUUGUGAAGCUUUUGGCAUCCCUGAUGUUAACUAUACAUGGUGGAAGAAUGGAAAGAAGCUCUCUAUGAAUACUCUAGAAAGUGAAGAUAGAGAUCGUUAUGUGAUUCAAGACAAUGUACUAAUAAUCAAGUAUUUGGAUCCUCAGAGAGAUCCAGGUAUGUAUCAAUGUGAAGCAAAAAAUCAAUUAAGAGCCAGAUAUUCGACAGGACAACUUCGAGUUCUAUCCUUGAAGCCCUCUUUUAAAAAAAAACCGCUUGAGUCAGAAACUUAUGGCUCUGAAGGUGGCAAUGUCACUCUUAGAUGCAAUCCUGAAGCUGCACCUAAAGCGAAAUUUAUUUGGAAAAAGGACAACAUAGUGAUAGGAGCAGGUGGUAAAAGAUUUAUAACUGAAACUGGUAAUUUGAUUAUACGCCAGCUUUCUAGAGAUGAUGAGGGUGUUUAUACUUGUGUUGCAAAAAAUCAAUAUGGCACAGAUGAAAGUCGCGGCCGACUAAUAGUAUUGCGAACACCAAGGUUCAUAGAUCGACUUCCGCCGCGAAUAACAAGUCAAGUUAAUCAAGUAAUAUUUUUGCAUUGUAGUGCCGACAUUGAUCCUAUAUUAGACACCGCAUUUUUGUGGAAUCAUAAUGGAAUUCGUAUCAGGGAUCCAUCAGAUUACUAUGCAGAUAAACGAAUUCAAAUGGAUGGCGGCGAACUUACAAUUUAUAAUGUAAGCUUAUCAGACGUUGGUGAAUACGAAUGUAUAGUGAAGUCAGCAAUAGGUCGAAUUUCGUCCCGCACACAGAUACGUGUAGAAGGACCGCCAGGACCUCCAGGAGGUUUGCAAAUAUUAAACAUUCAGAGGUCCUCAGUGUCAUUUGAAUGGACAGACAGUAAUUCAAACGGGCGGCCAAUCAUGAGUUAUGUCGUCACAGGUCGCACUCAGUGGAAUUCCACGUGGGUUGUAAUUAGCGACAAUGUUCCGAACGUUAAUGAAAUAGACAGAAAUAAUGGUCGAAAACGUGCAACCGUAUCUGCAGCUCUCUUACCAUGGUCCGUAUAUGAAUUUAGGGUUCAAGCUGUAAAUGCUUUAGGAGAAGGUCAGCCAUCAGCACCAAGUCCACAGUUCUCAACGUUGGCUGAUAAACCUUAUCAAGCUCCAUCCAAUGUCGGAGGUGGUGGUGGCAAGAUUGGUGAUCUUACAAUAACGUGGACACCCUUACCAUUGAAAUUCCAAAAUGGUCCUGGCAUUCAUUACAAAAUAUUCUGGCGUCGUAAAGGUGCAGAAGUGGAAUUUCAAUCUCUACUGCUCAAAGAAUAUGGUAAUGUUGGAAUGCAUGUCGUUCAUAUUUCGUUGACAUAUUUCUUUACACCAUAUGAAGUUAAGGUUCAAGCAAUUAAUGACAUGGGUACUGGACCUGAAAGUGAUGUCGUAAUGAUAUAUUCUGCCGAAGACAUGCCGCAAGUUGCACCGCAACAAGUUUACGCUUUGUCUUACAACUCCACGGCUUUGAAUGUAACUUGGAAUCCUAUUGAUCAGUCACGCGAUAGGCUACGUGGCAAAUUAAUAGGUCACCGAUUGAAAUACUGGAAACAAGCCAACAAAGAAGAAGAAUGUAUCUAUUAUUUGUCUAGAACAACGCGUAACUGGGCUCUUAUAGUCGGAUUACAACCUGAUACUUAUUACUUUGUGAAGGUAAUGGCAUUCAAUUCUGCGGGCGAAGGACCUGAGAGUGAGCGUUACCUCGAGCGAACGUUCCGGAAGGCUCCACAAAAGCCCCCAGCGUCUGUGAACGUUUGGGCCGUGAAUCCAAGUACAGUGCGCGUUGUAUGGCGAUAUGUGCAACCCACUACCGAAGAAGAACCAUUAAUUGGUUAUAAGGUGAGAGUAUGGGAAAUUGACCAGGACAUGAGUACUGCAAAUGACACGCAUGUGGCAGUGGAACACAAAUUGGAGGCCUAUGUCACUAACCUGACUCCAGGCAAGACUUACAAUCUUCGCGUCCUGGCCUACUCAAAUGGAGGUGAUGGAAGAAUGUCUUCGCCCGCUAUCAGAUUCCAAAUGGGAGAUUACCACAGUGACGCCUAUGGUUUUUAUGUUAAGGGCUCUGCAGACAGACGUAAGGGAAUAGCAGUAGGAAUACUCGUGUUUGUGUCAGUGAUUGUAUAUUCUUAUGAUUGCAUUUUCACGUGAUGUUUGCUAUAAGCAUUAGAUUAGUGAUUUUUACUGUCGUCAGAUAUUAUUGUUUCAAGAUUACUAAGCACUUUACAAAAUUUACAUUCCACUUUUUUAUAUAUCUUAUGAUUAUUUUAGGUUGUGAUACAAUCCGGCCAUUAUUUAUCUUGUUAAUUUUCUAUUAUAUUUAUUGUCUAUUCUUUUUAAUUUCAUCAAUAACAAUACUAGCUAUUUAAUAAAUAUUACCUAUAUUUAUCACAAUUUAUUUAGGUGUCAAGAAUACAAAUGUUGAAACAAUGUUUAUAAUAAUAGUUAUAUAUUGCUUUUGAUGGAUUGCACGAGCAGCUUUAUUUUUUAUUUACAAUUUAUAGUUAAGAGUAUUCUACUUAUAUUUAUAAAUUUUAUAUUUUUUAUAUUGUAAUUAUAUUAUUAUUAUGUCUUUAUUGACAAUAAGUAAUUUAAGAAUACGAAUAAGCAUUUUGAUAUAUUCUAUGAUUCUAGUGAGAAAUUGCUUUAUAAUGUCUUUCUUUUUUAGGCUACUUUAAAUAAUAAAAAUUAUCUUUUUCGAAAGGUCUAAGAAACGUAACUAUAUCUUUAAAAACACAAAUAAAAAGCAACUAUGUAAAAGACUAAAAAUUAACAAAAUAUUUGCGAAAAAAAAGUCGUAAUUCGAAAUAGGUCAGUAUUUUAGAAAAUUAAAAAGUGCCAAAUGUGACAAAUUUCUUAAACACACUGCAAGGUUGUUUUUAUUGUAUUAUUACAUUUUUUAUUAUUUUCUAAUAAUGAAAGAUAUAAGUCACAAUUUCAAUUCGCAAUAAAUGGUUUCUCUUCAAUGGAACCACUUUCACAUAAUGAGUUAUACAUUUCUUAUUUUAACAAAUUAUUUCGAAAGAGUGGAAAAAUAUUAACGGCAAUUAUUUGUGUUUCCGAAUAGUAAAAGUACUAUAUUUUUUAAAAAAAUUGGCUCGAUAAUUAGCAAUUUUGAAGUAAUUCACUUCUCACUAGAGGCACAGAAUUAAUAUAGAAUAGUUUUUAGUGUAUGGGCUUUUCACAUAACGCCCGAUAUAGUCCUUAUAUUUAUUAGGAUUAUCAAUAUCACAAAUGUUUUAGAUAUUACUUUAAAAUAAAAUGAAUCUCAGGUUAUUGUUUAUUGUAUAGUACCAUCAAUCCGAGCCAUUUUCUUGAUCUGAAUAGUAUGUAAGCUAUAUCAACCAGUGUGUAUAUACAUAGUACAAAAGCAAUAAAUUUCAUUAGAGACAUUGUUGUUGUAAACAAACUAAAUAAAUUGCCUUAUGGAUGUUGAAAUUUUGUACGUAAGCAACUGUUUUCAAUAAAAUGUAUCACUCGAAUGACAGCUGA